AUGGCAGGAGAUGAGAUAGCCCAGAGAUGGGACCACACACAAAUCAGCAUUCAGGAUUUCUGCUAUAGGUGGACCAUCAGCAACUUCCCUUUUAUUGUUGAGGAAAUGCCAGAAAGCUUUAUGAGCCCAGCUUUCUCAAUAGGAGCCAAUGACAAAUGGUGUUUGAGAAUACACCCGAACGGAGUCGAUGAAGAAAGUGCAGAUUACCUGUCAGUUUACCUAGUGUUACUCAGCUAUCUAAAGAGUCAUGUUUGGGCAAAGUUCCAGUUCUGGAUCAUAAACAACGAAGGAGCGAAAAUGAAAGUCAGGAGGAGCCCAAGAGCCUUUAGGUUCGUGCCACGCAGCAAUUGGGGUUAUAAAAAAUAUAUUGCUCGAGACUUCCUCUUGUCCCAUGCAUUUCAGUUUUUCCCAGAUGACCAGCUCACCCUCGUCUGCAAGGUCAGCAUAGUCCAGGUCUCUUUGAGCAUCUCUGACCAGAACAGGAAACCAGGAAUUCAAGUUCCCAACUGCACAUUGGCAGAUGAGCUAGGAGAGCUGUGGGAGAAUUCCUGUUUCACAGACUGCUGUCUGGUGGUAGCUGGCCAGGAAUUCCAGGCUCACAAAGCCAUCUUAGCAGCUCGCUCUUCAGUUUUCAGAGCCAUGAUUGAACAAGAUAUGGAGGAGAGUAGAAAGAACCGCUUUGAGAUCCCUGACCUGGAGCCACAAGUCUUCAAGGCAAUGAUGGACUUCAUUUACACUGGGAAGGCACCAGACCUGGACAGCAUGGCAGAUGCUCUGCUGGUAGGUGCUGACAAGUAUGGCCUGGAGCGUUUGAAGGUCAUGUGUGAGGAUGCCCUCUGCAGGAACCUUUCUGUGGAGAAUGCUGCCCACACUCUUGUCCUGGCUGACCUCCACAGCUCAGAGCAGCUGAAAACCCAGACACUGGAUUUCAUUACAGCUCAUGCUUCUGAGGUCUCUGAGACCUCCAGCUGGAAGACAAUGGUGGACUCAUAUCCCCACCUAUUGGCUGAAGCUUAUGGUUCCAUGGCUUUUACUCACUGCCCUUCCCAGGGGCAACUUAGUAAAUGCUUGAAGUGA